AUGGGCCCCUCUCAUCCGGCGCUCCCGUCCUUGACAAAGCUCGGCCUGUGGUGGCUUCUUCUGAUCCCAGCAGUGUCAGCACAGCCAGGCUCCCACGCCGAAGCCGAGGGCCGCCUCUUCAAACACCUCUUUGGGGACUAUAACCGCUGGGCGCGGCCCGUGCCCAACACCUCGGAUGUGGUGAUCGUGCGCUUCGGGCUGUCCAUCGCCCAGCUCAUCGAUGUGGACGAGAAGAACCAAAUGAUGACCACCAACGUGUGGCUGAAGCAGGAGUGGAACGACUACAAGCUGCGCUGGAAUCCAGACGAUUUUGGCCACAUCACCUCCCUUCGUGUCCCCACGGAGAUGAUCUGGAUCCCCGACAUUGUCCUCUACAACAAUGCAGAUGGGGAGUUUGCAGUGACCCACAUGACCAAGGCCCACCUCUUCUUCACGGGCACUGUGCACUGGGUGCCCCCGGCCAUCUACAAGAGCUCCUGCAGUAUCGACGUCACAUUCUUCCCCUUCGACCAGCAGAACUGCAAGAUGAAGUUUGGCUCCUGGACCUACGACAAGGCCAAGAUCGACCUGGAGCCGAUGGAGCGGACGGUGGACCUGAAGGACUACUGGGAGAGCGGCGAGUGGGCCAUCGUCACUGCCACAGGCACCUACAACUCCAAGAAGUACGACUGCUGCGCCGAGAUCUACCCCGACAUCACCUUCGCCUUCGUCAUCCGGCGGCUGCCGCUCUUCUACACCAUCAACCUCCUCAUCCCCUGCCUGCUCAUCUCCUGCCUCACCGUCCUGGUCUUCCACCUGCCCUCGGACUGCGGCGAGAAGAUCACACUGUGCAUCUCGGUGCUGCUGUCGCUCACCGUCUUCCUGCUGCUCAUCACCGAGAUCAUCCCGUCCACCUCCCUGGUCAUCCCGCUCAUCGGCGAGUACCUGCUCUUCACCAUGAUCUUCGUCACACUCUCCAUCGUCGUCACCGUCUUUGUGCUCAACGUGCACCACCGCUCCCCGCGCACACACACCAUGCCCGCCUGGGUGCGGGGGCUCCUCCUGGGCUGCCUGCCCCGGUGGCUUCUGAUGAGCCGGCCCCCAGCCCCUGUGCAGCCCCGCGACCCCCCGGGCCUGAAGCUCGUCCCUUCUUAUCACUGGCUGGAGACCAGAGUGGAUGCAGAGGAGAGGGAGGCGGCCGAGGACACGUGGGUGUGUGCAGGGUGUCCAGCCUCCUGUGUGGGUGUGCCCUACGGCCACUGCAGCCUGCAUCCCAGGGCCUCGGCUCCCAAGGUGGAGGCUGUGUGGCAGGAGAGGGAGGUCCUGCUGUCGCCCCACAUGCAGAAGGCGCUGGAGGGCGUGCACUAUAUUGCUGAUCAUCUGCGGUCUGAGGAUGCUGACUCCUCGGUGAAGGAGGACUGGAAGUAUGUCGCCAUGGUCAUCGACAGGAUCUUCCUCUGGCUGUUUAUCAUCAUCUGCUUCCUGGGCACCAUCGGACUCUUCCUCCCUCCAUUCCUGGCUGGAAUGAUCUAA